CAUAAAUUGACGUAUUUUGCUGUCAAAAGUCAUAAGCUCGACGAGUGACGAUGACUAAGAAUCGGUCGCCCGUAGCGCCAUAUGUUUGGACUCGGGCGCAAUGCCCUCCCGAAACGGGCCUCUUUGCCCGCGGAAUUCAAAUAACGGUCGGGUGCUCAGCUGUCGUUUGGAGCUCGUAUAGUCAUUCAAGCCUGCGUACCUGCCUAUGAACUUUAAGACAGAAACGCAUUCAAAAGAAGAACUGCCGCCACUCUUCAUAGUGUGUAACCUCACUGACAUAGUAACAAUUACUGCACCAGAAAAAUACAGUAACGACGCACUAUACUAUUUGUACAACCCAAGUAAUGACGUCACUAAGCUGGACAUAAAGCAAAAUGCAGAGACAGACGAAAGACAUGAACAUACCGGUGAUGAAAAUCUAGUAAAUAAUAAAUACAACGUAAGAAAUGUUAAUUUAGGACAGAAGGUCGACUCCAAAACGAAUGACUCGUUUGGAGGAAACAAUGAAUUUGUCAUUGGGCCUGUUGGGGAAGAGGACAAUGGGAAUUGGGUGCUCAGUAUUUAUUACAAGAAGAACGGAUCUUGGGUGGAAGAGUUCCAGGUUAUCACAAUUCAGAUAAUUGAUUUCGUCCCAAUCCAGCCAGCAUCCUCCAUACUUACUGAGGGAGAAACAUUGGAGUUGGGUUUCGCAUACCCCCUACCGGACGUCGAGACCUGUGAACUGGUACAACCAUCUAUCGACCGACCUUACGACAGGUACUUUAGAGAGUACGAGAGGAAAUCGCUGCACACGUGUACUUACGUCAUUCGUAACCUGAGCACCCAGGACUCGGGAUUAUGGAAGAUAGUCGGCGUCGGGAACAUCGUGUACGAAGGCCGCAGCUCCGUGGAAGUCAGGAAAAUCGGAGAGAACCUUCUUUUAGAGGCUUUGCAUUUUGCAAGUUCUAGUGGAGAUGGAACCAAAUACUUAAUGUUUAGUGUAAUUCUGCCAGUUGGACUGAUUUUAAAAAUAUAUUGCUUGUAUUGAAA